AUUAACAUAUUCAGAGCUUUUUCAGCCUGCGUGACGCCAGCUCAUCACAGAAAACACAGAGGUGACCGAUUUCCUGCAUCUUUUCCAGCUCGGAGCAUCACCCGUAAAAACAAAAACAACAAAAACCGACACCACCACGAUGACGGAGGCGGAGGCGUUGGAGAAGAAGCAGCACAAGUCGUCCAGCAGCAACGGGGAUGUUCGUCCAGAGGCCGGCAGGGAAGACGUGUUUGAUAACACAUACAAAGAGAAGGAGGGCCCCAAGCCCCAGCGGAUCAUCGUGUGGAAAAAUGUCAUAUUGAUGACUCUGUUGCAUAUAGGAGCUGUGUACGGCAUUUUCCUCAUCCCAUCAGCCGCUCCUCUGACCUUGGUUUGGUCUGCCAUUUGUUUUUUGAUAAGUGCUUUAGGAAUCACUGCAGGAGCUCAUCGCCUGUGGAGUCAUAGAUCCUACAAGGCCACGCUACCACUGAGGAUCUUUCUUGGUGUUGCGAACUCCAUGGCGUUCCAGAAUGAUAUCUUCGAGUGGGCUCGAGACCACAGGGUUCACCACAAAUAUUCAGAGACAGACGCUGACCCUCACAACGCCGUCCGGGGCUUCUUCUUCGCUCACAUUGGCUGGCUGCUGGUGCGCAAACACCCCGAUGUCAUUGAGAAAGGACGCAAGCUGGAGCUCUCCGACCUUCUGUCUGACAAAGUUGUAAUGUUUCAGAGGAAGUAUUACAAGCUGUCUGUGCUUCUCAUGUGCUUCUUCAUCCCGAUGUUCGUGCCUUGGUACCUGUGGGGGGAGUCUCUGUGGGUGGCGUACUUCCUCCCGGCUCUGCUGAGAUACACCCUGGUGCUGAACGCCACCUGGCUGGUUAACAGCGCCGCUCACAUGUGGGGAAACAGGCCGUACGAUAAAAACAUCAACCCCAGGGAGAACAGAUUUGUCACCUUCAGCGCCAUAGGUGAAGGAUUUCACAACUAUCACCACACGUUUCCCUAUGACUAUGCAACCAGCGAGUUUGGCUGCAAGUUGAACAUUACCACGUGUUUCAUCGACCUCAUGUGCUUCCUGGGCCUGGCCAAGGACCGCAAGAGAGUGUCCCGCGAGCUGGUCCUGGCCCGGAUACAGCGCACCGGCGACGGGAGCCACCGCAGUGGCUAAGACGGCCCCGCCGCGUUCGGCUUCCAGGCGAAACCACCGGUACAGAAGAAGCUUCAGUCCUUUGACAGCUAUACAUUUCUCAUCCUCUGAGGACAAAGUCAGCUUCAUGAGGGCCUUGACCACAUUUUGCUUGUUUUUGUGGUUUUUGUAGCUGUAACUAUACAAAUUAUUUAAGAUGGAAAAAAACAAAACAAAACAAAACAAAAAAAUCACAUACAUGUUAUUUGCUCAGCUCUUUGCCUUGAUUAGUGUUGUCGAGUCAGGCCGAGAGCUCGCAGAGCACAUGUUUCAGAUUUGAAGUAGAUACAUUUUAAAAGUCAACUUCAUUCUCUGCUGUUUUUUGCCACUUUUGUGCGCAUUCUUCAUGCAAGAUAAACCAUGUAGCCGAUCAUUUUUUAUGUAAGUGUAUCUCUAUUAUUAAUCAGAAACGACGAGAAGCCAAGCACUGAACUACAGAGUGACGAUGGAAAGGUACAAUGCCGAUCGGAGACUGUUGCCUUUACAGUUCACGGCGAGUUUUUAGCAGUUUCAUCCAUAAUUAACUGAGCGAUUGGGAUUUGAAAGGAAAACGAUGGGUGAUUUUGACUAUUGUUUUUAGGUUGCUUUUGCUUUUUGUAAAAAAAAAAAAAAAAGAAAAAAGCUUGCUGGCUUUAAUGAAAUAUAGCACAUAGGGGGAGAGUGAGGGAACCCAGACCUUCUUUUAACCUGACCGUAAUGUACUGACAACCAGUACACCAAAAA